GGUCAUGUGAUCAGCUGUGUCCAAUCACAGCUGAUCCCAUGUAAACAGGGGACAUGUACACUGAUCAUCAGGGCACUGAUGAUCAGUGUGCCCUGAUGAUCAGUGUGGCCCCAGAAGUGCCACCUGUCAGUGCCCAUCAGUGCCAGCUAUCAGUGCUGAACAGUGCCACAUGCCAGUGCCCAUCAGUGCCACAUCAAUGCCACAUAUCAGUGCCUACCAGUGCACAUCAAUGCCACAUAUCAGUGCCCAUCUGAGCUGCCCUUCAGUGUCACCCAUCAGUGCCAGUCAGUGACACCUAUCAAUGCCAAUCAGUGCCACCUAUCAGUGCCAAUCA